UGGAUCAGCAGGCAUGACCCCUCCUCCCCACGCUGGUGGUUCGCAUCGACCGCGAUCCCGCUCCUCGCAGCGACCAUCGGGCCCCUCGCCAACGUGCUCUCCAUCGCCGCGCUGGUGACCUACUGGCGGGAGACGAUCUUUAUCGACGGGCAGUUUGUGUCCGAGUUCGACGGCGUCACGUUUGCGGACCCGCCAUGGUGUUUCUGGCUGAACGUCGCGUCACUGAUCCUCGGGUUCCUGGGGAACCUGUUCCUCCUAUUGAACUUCACACAGCGCAUCCGAUACAUCAUCGCGCUGCCACUGACCAUUAUCCUCUGGUACAUCGCCACGGGUCUCCUGAUCGGCAUCAUCGCGAGCCUGCACAUCUAUGCGCCGGCCGUCCCACCGAACGAGAUCUACUCCCAGGGUUUCUGGUACGCGGUCAUGGCCGCGACAUGCUACCUCAUCUGCUCGAUGAUCCUGAUGGUGAACAUGCUGGGCUACUUCAUGGGGAGGUAUCCAGACACGUUUGCGCUUACGGACGCGCAGAGGACGCUGAUCUUGCAGAGCAUGCUGUUCUUCAUCUGGCUGGCUGGGGGUGCGGGCGUGUUCAUGAGGAUUGAGACAGACGCCGGGGAGCAGGGGUGGGAGUAUGCCGAUGCGUUAUACUUCUGCGACGUAACCAUCCUGACCGUCGGCUUUGGCGACUUGUAUCCAACGACGGACGUGGGGCGCGGCAUCGUGUUCCCCUAUUCCGUCAUCGGCAUCGUGAUGCUAGGUCUUGUGAUUUCGUCCAUCUACAAAUUCAUGAGACAGAUCGGCGAGGAGAAUAUCAUCAACCGACACAUCGAGCGCAUGCGGGAGCGCACACUCGAACUCACCGUAACCAAUUCGAUCGACCUCGUGGAGGGCAACCACGGCGGAACUCAUCGAUGGGGUGUAGGAGCAGCCAGGAAGCGAUUCGGCAAGACGCCCAAGAAGAUUGGAAAAGAAGGGAUCGGGGCGCCGAAGGAGGGGAGACAAUUCGCACCCACCGUAGACGCAACAUCGAAAAGUUCCCGCAUGAGGAACCCCAACAUCCCCUUUCCCGGGCUCGGAAAGCGGAAAUCCAAGAUGCUCCUCCUGCGCGAGGAGAAGGACCGCUUCGACGCGAUGCGCAACAUCCAGGAAAGCACAGCCAAGUUCAAGAAGUGGUGGGCGUUGUCCGGGGCCGUCACCGCGUUCGCGAUCCUCUGGUGCGCCGGUGCGGUCGUCUUCUGGCGCACCGAGCACGACGCCCAGGGCAUGUCGUACUUCCAGGCGCUGUACUUCUGCUACAUCUCGCUGCUGACGAUCGGGUACGGCGACCUGGCGCCCAAGACAAACGCGGGCCGCUGCUUCUUCGUCGUCUGGAGCCUCAUCGCCGUGCCCACCAUGACCAUCCUCGUGUCGAACCUCGGCGACACCCUCGUCGCGAAGUUCAAGGCCUGGGCGAGCCGCGUCGCGGACUUCACGGUCCUCCCGCAGGACGGCAUCUGGCGCUCGUUCAUCGACAACAACCCGUGGCUCGCGAACUGCAUACAGAUGCGUAUCGUGAAGAAGCGUGUUGAACACGGCUUCGACGUCGCAGACCCGGAGGAAGCCCUCCCCGACGACCCUGCUGGCCACAGCAUCACAAGUCCUACUAUCGGCAACGAGGACCCAGAGGAGGCAGCCGACAUGGCGGCCACGAUGACGCCGACGCUGCCUGAGCUCGCGAGGGAAGCCAACGGCCCGCUACCUACCCAACACGCGCUGUCCCGCCGCCUGGCGCUGGAGAUCCGACGCGUGGCGGCCGACCUGCGACUCGGCACGCCGAAACGCUACGAGUAUGAGGACUGGGUGGAGUUCACGCGGCUGAUUCGGUCUUCGAGCCGCGCGCAGACGGAGCAGAAAGACGGGGCGGGGGAAGACGACGAAGAGGACGAGGAGGGCCUGGUCGAGUGGGAUUGGAUCGGACAUAACAGCCCGCUUGUCAGUGGGAUGAGCGAGAGCGAGUUCAUUCUGCAGCGUCUGUGUGAGAGCCUCGUUAGGGUGGAGAGGAGGAAG